AUGUCUCCCGAACUUCCGUCAUUGACUUUAGAAGAGUUUAAAAAUGCUAUAAAGGAUAUUUCACAGUUUGAAUUGGAAACCAAAAAGCAAGAACAAAAACACUUUAUAUUCAAGUUAAUUGAAACAAAUAAUGAACUUCUAAAUGAAAUCAAAAAACUAAAGGAAAAGAAGGAUGAUGCUACAUUUGAAGACAAGGAAGAUUUGAUAUUUUUUCAGGAGACUAUUAUGGAGAAUAAGAAUUAUUUGUUAGAACAAAUUGCUAGAGUUGAAAGUAUUAAUAAUGAAUUAGUCUCUCGAAGUUUGAUUAGUGAACAAGAUAAAAAGAAUGAUGAAGAUAAAUUAAUUAAUGAUAUCAAUUCGAAAGAUCUAGAAGGUAAUAAAAAACCUGAACAGGAAGAGAAUGCAUUGAAAGAAGAAGAGGAAGAGGGAAUAUAUUUAUAA